CACGUCUCGAAGUCUCGCCGAAAGCAAUGAUGCUUAUCGUGCUUGCUGCCCUCGCAUUCAUCGCCUCGCAGGGCGCAGCUACAACGAUAGCUGCGCACAACCACAGCGAGGAGGUCAGCGAGGCGUUGGCAAUGCCUCCUGUCCCGACGACUCUUCUGGGUACAAAGAGACGACCGGUGGUACCAAUUGAUGCAUUCGCAAUGGCCUUCGUUACAUGAAUGCUGUCUUCAGCUUGCCAUGCACCGUACCAUCCCCUGCCUGAGCCUAUCUAUGACGUACUGCCAGACCUGGAAUACACCAAGUAUCUGCCGGUCACAGUGAAAGCCAGAGCCGGACGACUCUCUCUAAAUGCGGACUUCAGCGACCGCCGAGCAGUCUCCGAUUGGUUGGUCCUUUGUGGGUCGUCCUGCAGUCUCCAGGCUUUUUGUGUCUGCUCGUGUUUUACUUUAAUUUCAGGUGGUCGCGCUAUGACAGACUUGUCGCAUUCAUCGACUACGGGCGAGCUCCUCGCAAGCUUGAGAAGUACAUGGGAGACAAGGAGAUGGUCCAGUUCGAGCUCCCUGAUCACAAUACCGUCGACGAGAGCAAGGACUUCGGGAUUCGUUGGGGAGACCUCAUGCACUUCCCGAUGCCCCACUUCUGGCAGCUUGACUUGACAUCUCAAGAGCAGGUGAGACACGAGUGACUGUCAUGUGUGGUGUGGUGUCUCCAUCAUUUGUCUUCGAGGACAUUCCUGGUCUCAGAUGGAUUCAGCGCACAAGAACUUGCGGCUUCCCUACAAACACUUCGAGCGCGUGGUGCUUGUCUUAUGCCCGUACUCAGGUAGGGGGCCAAAAGGCACACCGAGACUGUUUGUUUGAUGCGUGUGAUCUGCCUCAGUUUUUCUGUACGCUCCCGAGUUGCUUGGAGAAGUACCAGAGUAUAUUCCUGGAAUGCCAGACCCAGAAUUGCUGCGAGCACUGAAAGUUACCGACAAGCAAGCUGCUGAGUGGCAAUCCAAGCUGAAGGCUGUCUCAUCAUUUUGGUCCAACCUCCGAUCUCUCAUCGCUCCGGGUGGCAGGGUCGUCAUCAAUAGCCUGCCUGUAAGCAGUAUAGACCGAGACACGACGUAUUCACUGCUGUGAGCAAUCGGUCGUGUUCGUUUUCAGUAUACGGCAUUUGGAGGCAAAGCGUGCUACUGUGGUGACCCCUCCAAUCACCUUUACGCAUACCUCGGCAGCAACGCUCCAUACAGGAGCUGCAAGCAUCACAAUCGCCUCGACACGGACAUCUGCUGGGGGAACGACGCGCUGCGCGAGCCCUUUGACCACGCCAUCGCCCUCUUCGAAGCAGAGGGAUUCGAGCUCGUCGGGCCUCAGUUCGAUCAGGGUAUGUAGACAUACGUGUUCAUCUGACUUGUGAUUAUGCAUUUUCCCGCUGUGGCGUGAUCAGGGGAGUUGGGCAUCGCCCUUAAGCGAGUUGAGAGCCAGACGGCAUUCAAUGAGACUGCCAGCAACACCGAUCGGCGUAAAAGGAAGCGCGCCCCAUCAAGCGAAGAAGACCUUUCGAAGCAGAGGAAGCUGCACUAGCAAGGUAGAUACGUAACUGGCAUUCUACGCGCCCCUUUUUCGUUUCCGUUGUGCCCACAACAGCGACGCGAUUUCUUUUGUCACACUAAGAGACACGACGCGUGACACUGGAUUCAAGCUAAAUAGAGCUCGCAUAGACCAGACACCGAACAAUAGCAACAGGCCACCCCACAUUUGGCUCUUUUCCGCUGAGGCCAGGAUUGGGCUAAGAGACACGCAGAUCAUGCACACGAUGUGUUGUACACAAACAAAAGCGAAAUCGCGACACACAUAAAACUCCACUGCGCUGCUUCCACCCAUCCAAAAUAGCCAUUAAACAUUCGUGGACAUGUGGGAGAGACACGUAGCCAGCCAGAUUGACUUUAUAGCUAAUUGCAUUACACUUACCCAAAGGCGAAGGCGUGUGCUUCAUGUGUGGUUCUGUGUGCAUGUCUCGUCUGUCCGGCUGCCUAUCUGUCUGUCUCUAGUCUGUCUGUCAUGCUGUCUGUCUGUCUGUCUGUCUGUCUUUUAUCAAUCGAGAGUAUUUGGACAGGUAGCUAGACAGACAAGCGAUGCAUGAAUGUGUGCAGACAUGGAGUGCCGCAAGAGGAAAGAAGAAAGAAAGAACAAGAGGUGGGAUGGAGAGAGACGCCAGCCGGCCAGGCGACUACAGCCGACACACAUGUCCCCCGCCCCUACUCGUGUGUGUCCGUGUAUGUGCGUACACACGUGUUUCAUGCUUCGUGUG